UGGGCACCCCUGCGUGGAACAAAUCACAUGGCUUCACGGUCCUGACUGCUCAAAUUUGGUCGAGGAAGGUUGUCCUUGAAACUCAAGAUGGCCACCCCUCAGUGAGGACAAAGGUAACAGAAGAAGAGUGAGCAAAGUGAGAGGAAAAACGAAGAAAUCCUGACACAAAGACCACAGAGAACCAGAGAGAUGUCAUCCAUUGGUCAUAAAAUGCAGAAUACUGAACAACUUUGGAAAAUAAUACAAGGAGGUCAACAUGAACUUGAAUUCCUUAGGAUGAUGGUCAAUAAGCAGCAAAGGGACAUUGAAAGACUAAAAGAUGAAAAACAUGACCAGAGCCUGCUUGCAAAAACUUUGAAAUUACAAAUGAAACAUUUUACUCAGAAAAUUGAGAUGAGCAAAAAGACAGCCACAAAAGAACAAAUGCUUAUCCAGCAAACGUUGACUGUCAUAAACAGAGAUAGUCAAAUUCUGGGGAGACAAUAUAAUGAGAUUAAAACUGUACUUUUCAAGCAUAUUGAUAACAUUUGGAGUAAAAUGCAAAGACAUACUAAAAUACUAAAAGACGCAUCACCAGCAAUAAAACUGAAAGAAUUUUUUGAAAAAACAAACAUGUUUUUCGAAUCCUAUGUGCCAGAAAACAGUGGACAACAACAAGGGGAUAUAUUAAAAAAGACACUAAAUACACGAAAGCAUGUGGAUGAAGACAGGAUCAUGAUGCACCCAAAGAAAAAAGUGAAUGCUCAAAUGUACAGAAUAUUUCUUGAAGAAAAAAAAACAAAAAGGCUCGUCAACUUGGUGAGAAAACAGAAUGCAAAGGAAUUCACAAAACAAAAAGUCAAAUGCAUGAGAUGGCAAGCUAAGAAAAAACAUCAAGAACUUGACCAAAAACUUGAACGAAACAUGAGAGAGAGGGAUGAAUUAGAAAUCCUCAAGAUGAAGCUGCAAAAACAGAGACAUGAGCUUGAAGAAAAACGAGAGGAUUCGAUGCAAUCUCAACACUGCCGUCGAGGUGCACAGCACGCACAAGUGCACAUCAACGAGAUGACAAGAACCAAGUCAGAUGAGAGGGACAAACUCAAUUUGAAGAACCCUCAGUUCAGCAGAUGGAAAUAUGAAGAGACUUCAGUAAAACUAAAUAGCUCUGUCUUUUCAUCGUAUGAAGAAGGCCAGAAUGAAACAAGCACAGAAGUGAAGGAUGAAACAUUUACAUCGGAUGACACAGAAAAAAACGAGAUGGAAGUGACUGAAGAAAUUCUUAUGGCUGAAUUAAUAAGAGAAAUGGAAUAUGCUGAAAAUGAGGCACAUGAGCUCAAGGUGACAGAUGAAAAACAGAGAAAGACAAUAGAACAUUCUAUGGAGAACAUGCAGGAGAGAAUUCAGGAGAUGAAUAGACUGAUCAUGGAUAUAAAUAAUUUGCAAAGACCAAAGACUGAAUAUCAUUUCCAAAAUAUAUUCACCAAAACUGAACAUCCAGAGGAAGAACAAAAUAACCCACAAAAUAAAAAUCAAGAUCAAAGUGAUAAGAAACGAGACGUGAAAAGCCUUUCCGGGUUUCCUCAGACAACUGCUAGCCUUUGGAAAUCCAAUAAAAAAGUAAGACAAACUGAUGAUACGAACUCAGUCUACAAAACGGAAGGAGUGGAGGAUGAAAAUGAUGAUCUGAAGGGAGCUGCAACUACAAGAAUUAAAGCUGGAUCACUCAUAGGAAAGGCCACAACACUGGGAAAAAAAAGUGACAAAGAGGAAUGUCAAGGAGCCAAAAAGGAGGCAUGGGUGCCUGAAGGCACUCAAGUAGGAGCUGUGCAAGAAAUGUACAACGUAAACAGUUUAAGGGAGGAUAUACGAAGAGAGAAAAAGCAACUUGAUAAAAAUCACACUAUUAAACAAGAGCUACAAGAUAUACAGUUCCAAAAGACAGAGCUUGUCAAAAGUAAAAAGCAAAGUGAACAAGCAUUAAGAAAAUACAAAAGAAAACUGAAAGAAACAACAAAAAUCUGGUUUAAAAUGAAAAACGAAAUAGGAUUAAUGAAAGCAAGUACCAAAAGGAAGGUAAAAGAGUUUGACAAAACGCUCGAAAAAAUUAUAAAAGAGAGGGAUGAAUUGGAACUUCUGAGGUUCAAACUGCAACAACAGCAAAAAGAACUGUCUGAGAACAGUAAAGGCAGGACCAAUGACUCAACUGUUGUAAUUUGUGCAUGCAACAAUCCAAGGAUUAAACAUUUAGAAGGGAUAAAGGUACAAAAAAUAGUAGGUCAAACGGGUAAAGAACAGUUAAAUUCACAAGUCCUCAUUGGUCCCCGUGACACCAUACAAAUGAUCCACACACAGCUGGAAAUUAUGAGUGAGCAAAUGAAAAUUCUGGAAAAUGCGAUGGUUUAUUUAUGCAACCAAAGAGCGUGUCUCACUGCAUUCCAAAGAGAGAGCAAGACUCUUAUAUUUGAUGUAAGGAUGAAAAAAUCAAAGAUGAUGAUCCCUCUCAGGAAAAUGUUCGACAUCAGAAAAGAAACGCAAACACAAAUAAAAGAACUUGAAAUGAAACUUAAGAGUGUGAAAAGAGAAACCAAAGAGAUUGAAGUGUUAAAAAAUGAGUUGGAGAUCAACCAGAAAGAAAAUCGAAAUAUUUUAAGAAAAGUCAAACGAAUACAGCAAGAAAAUAAAAAGAAAGAUGCUGAGAUAAAAAUAGAAAAUAAAUCACUCAAAAGGAGGACACGAAGGUGGCAAAAAGAACAAAAUAGGCAACUGGAGAUGGUUACCAAAGAAAUUGAUCAUUUAGAGAUCCUUAAACGGAAUGUAAAAAAAUGCCAGGAAGAAGUCACAUCCUCCAUUAUCACAAACGACUCUAGUCAAAGUGAAAACAAGUGUCCUGUGAUUCACAAAUGCAUGGAAUUACAGACAAUUACGGGAAUGCACUGUGAAUGGCUGAAUCAAACAAUUCAUGACAUCAAGCAAAACAUAGGUAGGCAGCCAAAAAUCACAAGUAAAAUAAAAUAUGAAGUGGAACACAUAAGGCUAGAAAUUAAAAGUAGAAAGGAAAUUUGUGAUUUAAAGAAAAUAACAAAGGAAGUAAAGAAAAGUGUGCUGGAAUUGAUAAGGUGUAACAUGAACAAAUACAAGGCUGACAUAAAACGGCAUUUUUUUUUUCUGGAGAAAAAUAAAGAAUUACUGAAAGAAACAACAAAAGAAUUGGAAAUCACAAAGUGUGAGCUCAGAGUCAAUAAACACAUUCUCUGUAGUUUAUUUAAUGACAUGAGUACAAAGACACGCAACCUUCAGGGUUCGACUCUGCAGCUUCGGCAAAGAACAGAGCGAAUGAAAUAUUUCAUGCAAUUUAUUUCAAAAACCGAGCAAAAUAUUUUCAACAGUGUAAUGCUUCAAAAAGAAGACUUACAUAAAACAAUUAACAAAUUCAAAAAAUGUGUCCAGAAGCAUGGAAAGGAUGUUGAAGAUUUUUGGCACAAACACGAUAUAAAUACAAAAAAGGUUGAUGCUGCUGUGAACAGAGGAAGCAACACAAUGCAGAACCGAUUUGCAAUGAAGCAUAAUGUCAGAAGUAAAAUCUUUGCAAUUCAAAAGGAGAUAGAAAAAUUGAACUCUGAGGAGACUGUACGAGGAGUUCACUUUAUGACCAACAUAAAAUCAACUGAAACAGUCAGAGAAAGUCUCAAAGAGCGGAAUGAUAAUAAAAUUGAAGAUAUGACAAAGAGAGUUGUCAUGUUAGCAGCUAAUAAAGAAAUGCCAAAAAUGAUGCUUGCAUUAAAACACAUACUGGCAAAUCUUGCUCAAAUGAGAGACGAAGUACAAAGUACAAAACAACAACAGAGGAUGGGAAGGACACAGUUGGGUAAACUGCUGUCAAGCAUGAUAAAACAAAAAAAAGAACUUGACAUGAAGAGAGAAGAGUCAGUCAUCAAAUUAGAUGCAAACAUGCAAGGUGUGCCCAAAAUGACGUUUGCCUUGAAGAAAAUGCUUCCAGCCCUUGAUCAGAUGACGGACCAAGUAGCAGUGAAAAGGAAACUGCUGCUGAGCAGAAGGAUCCAGUUGGGUAGUCUGCUGUCAAGUACUCUGAACCAAAAACAAGAACUUGAGAAGAUCGGCAAAGAUGUUGAUCUUGCUUCGGGCAGAUUCAGGAUUGAGAGGGAAGGAAUACGUUCAAUGGAGAAGACUAAUGAUGUCGAGAGGCAAAGACAAACAACUGAGAAGGACAAGCUGGAUAAAUUGCGGUCUGAGCUCAAAGUUUUGCAAGAUCACGUCACGACUAAAAUACAAUCCACAGAAACCAUAAAGGCCGGUCUACAGCUGGUGACUGAGAGGAAAUUUGACAGCACUUACAAAAAUACACUCAAAUUAGAAGCCGACCAGGAAGUGAUGCAGAAAAUAUCACUUUCCUUGACGAAUACACUUGCGGACUUGGAUCAGAUGAAAGAUCAAGUGUCACUUAGAGACGAAUUGCUGCUGAGACACAGGUACCAGUUGAGUCGUCUGCUGUCGAUCCUGGUGAAACACAAAGAAGAAAUGUUUGAGAAGACAGAAGAAGUUGAUUCUACAAUGGAGAGAAUCAUCAAGGAGAGGGAACAUUUACUUUCAAUUCAGAAUAAUUUAGAGGUCAAUAGAGAAAGUCUGACAACAGAGAAGGAGAAAACAAAACAACUGCGGUCUGAGCUCAAAGUGUGGGAAGAUCACAUCUUAACUAACAGACAAUUACUGGAAAAAGCAAAGUCCAUUCUACGCAAGGCGAACGAGAACAGACUUGAAAACAUGUUCAGGAAAGGACUGAAUUUAGAAACAAAUCAGGAAGGCGUAAAUAACACGACACUUGCCUUGAAGAAGAUGCUUGCCGACCUCGACCAAGAGACAGACCAAAUAACAAGUCGAAACAGACUGUUGCAAAGAGAAAGGAGCCGGCAAGAUGGUCUGCUGGCAAGUAUGGUCAAACAAAGAAAAGAACUUGAGGAGAAGCAAACAGUUGUUGAUGCCGCUGCAGAAAGACUCAUUGAUGAGAGGAAACUGAUACUUUCAAACAAACAUACUAUUGAGGAAGACAGAAGAAGACUUGCCAUCGAGAAACAGCGGAUGGGACAGCAGCAGGCGGAGCUGAAAGUAUGGGAAGAUCACUUCCUCACUAAUAUUCCAUUACUCAAAACCAUCAAGGCAUAUUUCCAGGAGGUCAAUGAGAAGAAACUUGAAAACGUUACCAAAAAAGCACUCAAAUUAGAAUCCAAAAAGGAAGGCAUGCAGAAAAUACCGCUCGCCAUCAAGAACACACUUGUCGACCUUGAUCGGAUGACAGCUCAAGUAGCAGUGAAAAGCAAAUUAUUGCUGAGAGGAAGGAUCCAGUUGAAUCGCCUGCUGUCCAUCAUGGUGAAACAAAAACAAGACAUUUUUGAGAAGAGAGAAGAUGUUGAUUCUGCUGUGGAGAGAAUCAUCAAGGAGAGGGAAAAGUUACUUUCAAUUCAGAAUAAUUUAAAGGUCGAUAGAGAAAGUCUGGCACUUGAGAAGGAGAAAACAGAACAACUGCGGUCUGAGCUCACAGUGUGUGAAGAUCACUUCAUAGCGAAAAUAAAUCCACUAGAGGAAGCCAAGUCCAAUCUACAGAAGGCGAAUGAGAACAGGCUUCAAAACAUAUUCAAGAAAGCACUUCAUUUAGAAUCAAAUAAGGAAGGCCUGGAGAAAAUGACACUCGCUCUGAGGAAGACACUUGCAGACCUUGAUCAAGUGACAGACCAAAUAAGUCGUCAAAACAAACUCUUGCAAAAAGAGAGGGGCCGGCAAGAUGGUCUCCUGCCAAGUAUGGUCAAACAAAGAAAAGAACUUGAGGAGAAGCAAAAAGCGGUCGAUGCCGCGACAGAAAGACUCAUGAAUGAGAGGAAACAGAUACUUUCAAAGAAAAAUGCGACUGAAGAAGAAAGAACAAGACUAGUCAUUGAGAAACACCAGCUGGAAAAACAGCAAGCGGCACUGAAAUUAUGCAAGGAUCACUUGAUAACUAACAUUCCAUUACGAACGGCGAAGGCCAAUGUCAAGGAGGUGACUGAGAGGAAACGUGAAAACAUUGACAAGAAGGCUCUCAAAUUAGAGGGCAACAAGGAAAGCAUGAGAAAAAUGUUGCUUGCCAUCAAGACCACACUUGCGGUCCUUGAUCAGAUGGCAGCCCAAGUAGCAAUCAAAAGCAGACUGCUCCUGAGAAGAACGAUCCAGUCAGGUCGACUGCUGUCAAGCAUGGCAAAACAAAAAGAAGAACUUGAUACGACCGGAGAAAAUGUUGAUUUUGCUUGGGACAGAGUCGCCAUUGAGAGGGAAAAUGUACUUUUAUUAGAGGAUAGUAUCGAUGCCGAUGAGAAAAGACUAACAAUUGAGAAGGACAAGAUGGAACAACUGCGGUCUGACUUGAAACGCCGGGAAGACCACUUAAUGACUAAUACACAGUCACUGGAAAUGGUGAAGGCCAAUCUCCAAGGUUUGAAUGAAAAGAGUUUUACAAACUAUGACAAGGCAGUCAUCAAAUUCGACGCAAACAAGCAAGGUGCGCCCAAAAUGACUUUUGCCUUGAAGGACAUGCUGGCAGCCCUUGAUCAGAUGACGGACCAAGUAGCAGUGAAAAGGAAACUGCUGCUGAGCGGAAGGAUCCAGUUGGGUAGUCUGCUGUCAAGGACGCUGAAGCAAAAACAAGAACUUGAGAAGAUCGGCAAAGAUGUUGAUAUUGCUUCGGGCAGAGUCAGCAUUGAGAGGGAAGAAAUACAUUCAAUCGAGAAGACUAAUGAUGUCGAGAGGCAAAGACAAACAACUGAGAAGGACAAGCUGGAUAAAUUGCGGUCUGAGCUCAAAUUUGACAGCACUUCCAAAAAUACACUCAAAUUAGAAGCCAACCAGGAAGUGAUGCAGAAAAUAUCACUUUCCUUGACGAAUACACUUGCGGACUUGGAUCAGAUGAAAGAUCAAGUGUCACUUAGAGACGAAUUGCUGCUGAGACACAGGUACCAGUUGAGUCGUCUGCUGUCGAUCCUGGUGAAACACAAAGAAGAAAUGUUUGAGAAGACAGAAGAAGUUGAUUCUACAAUGGAGAGAAUCAUCAAGGAGAGGGAACAUUUACUUUCUAUUCAGAAUAACUUAGAGGUCGAUAGAGAAAGUCUGACAACAGAGAAGGAGAAAACAGAACAACUGCGGUCUGAGCUCAAAGUGUACGAAGAUCACAUCUUAACUAACAGACAAUUACUGGAAAAAGCAAAGUCCAUUCUACGCAAGGCGAACGAGAACAGACUUGAAAACAUGUUCAGGAAAGGACUGAAUUUAGAAACAAAUCAGGAAGGCGUAAAUAACACGACACUUGCCUUGAAGAAGAUGCUUGCCGACCUCGACCAAGAGACAGACCAAAUAACAAGUCGAAACAGACUGUUGCAAAGAGAAAGGAGCCGGCAAGAUGGUCUGCUGGCAAGUAUGGUCAAACAAAGAAAAGAACUUGAGGAGAAGCAAACAGUUGUUGAUGCCGCUGCAGAAAGACUCAUUGAUGAGAGGAAACUGAUACUUUCAAACAAACAUACUAUUGAGGAAGACAGAAGAAGACUUGCCAUCGAGAAACAGCGGAUGGGACAGCAGCAGGCGGAGCUGAAAGUAUGGGAAGAUCACUUCCUCACUAAUAUUCCAUUACUCAAAACCAUCAAGGCCAAUUCCCAGGAGGUCAAUGAGAAGAAACUUGAAAACGUGACCAAAAAAGCACUCAAAUUAGAAUCCAAAAAGGAAGGCAUGCAGAAAAUACCGCUCGCCAUCAAGAACACACUUGUCGACCUUGAUCGGAUGACAGCUCAAGUAGCAGUGAAAAGCAAAUUAUUGCUGAGAGGAAGGAUCCAGUUGAAUCGCCUGCUGUCCAUCAUGGUGAAACAAAAACAAGACAUUUUUGAGAAGAGAGAAGAUGUUGAUUCUGCUGUGGAGAGAAUCAUCAAGGAGAGGGAAAAGUUACUUUCAAUUCAGAAUAAUUUAAAGGUCGAUAGAGAAAGUCUGGCACUUGAGAAGGAGAAAACAGAACAACUGCGGUCUGAGCUCACAGUGUGUGAAGAUCACUUCAUAGCGAAAAUAAAUCCACUAGAGGAAGCCAAGUCCAAUCUACAGAAGGCGAAUGAGAACAGGCUUCAAAACAUAUUCAAGAAAGCACUUCAUUUAGAAUCAAAUAAGGAAGGCCUGGAGAAAAUGACACUCGCUCUGAGGAAGACACUUGCAGACCUUGAUCAAGUGACAGACCAAAUAAGUCGUCAAAACAAACUCUUGCAAAAAGAGAGGGGCCGGCAAGAUGGUCUCCUGCCAAGUAUGGUCAAACAAAGAAAAGAACUUGAGGAGAAGCAAAAAGCGGUCGAUGCCGCGACAGAAAGACUCAUGAAUGAGAGGAAACAGAUACUUUCAAAGAAAAAUGCGACUGAAGAAGAAAGAACAAGACUAGUCAUUGAGAAACACCAGCUGGAAAAACAGCAAGCGGCACUGAAAUUAUGCGAGGAUCACUUGGUAACUAACAUUCCUUUACUCACGGCGAAGGCCAACGUCAAGGAGGUGAUUGAGAGGAAACGUGAAAACAUUGACAAGAAGGCUCUCAAAUUAGAGGGCAACAAGGAAAGCAUGAGAAAAAUGUUGCUUGCCAUCAAGACCACACUUGCAGUCCUUGAUCAGAUGGCAGCCCAAGUCGCAAUCAAAAGCAGACUGCUCCUGAGAAGAACAAUCCAGUCAGGUCGACUGCUGUCAAGCAUGGGAAAACAAAAAGAAGAACUUGAUACGACCGGACAAAAUGUUGAUUUUGCCUCGGACAGAGUCGCCAUUGAGAGGGAAAAUGUACUUUUAUUAGAGGAUAGUAUCGAUGCCGAUGAGAAAAGACUAACAAUUGAGAAGGACAAGAUGGAACAACUGCGGUCUGACUUGAAACGCCGGGAAGACCACUUAAUGACUAAUACACAGUCACUGGAAAUGGUGAAGGCCAAUCUCCAAGGUUUGAAUGAAAAGAGUUUUACAAACUAUGACAAGGCAGUCAUCAAAUUCGACGCAAACAAGCAAGGUGCGCCCAAAAUGACUUUUGCCUUGAAGGACAUGCUGGCAGCCCUUGAUCAGAUGACGGACCAAGUAGCAGUGAAAAGGAAACUGCUGCUGAGCGGAAGGAUCCAGUUGGGUAGUCUGCUGUCAAGGACGCUGAAGCAAAAACAAGAACUUGAGAAGAUCGGCAAAGAUGUUGAUCUUGCUUCGGGCAGAGUCAGCAUUGAGAGGGAAGAAAUACAUUCAAUCGAGAAGACUAAUGAUGUCGAGAGGCAAAGACAAACAACUGAGAAGGACAAGCUGGAUAAAUUGCGGUCUGAGCUCAAAGUUUUGCAAGGUCACGUCACGACUAAAAUACAAUCCACAGAAACCGCAAAGGUCGGUCUACAGCUGGUGACUGAGAGGAAAUUUGACAGCUCUUCCAAAAAUACAUUCAAAUUAGAAGCCAACCAGGAAGUGAUGCAGAAAAUAUCACUUUCCUUGACGAAUACACUUGCGGACUUGGAUCAGAUGAAAGAUCAAGUGUCACUUAGAGACGAAUUGCUGCUGAGACACAGGUACCAGUUGAGUCGUCUGCUGUCGAUCCUGGUGAAACACAAAGAAGAAAUGUUUGAGAAGACAGAAGAAGUUGAUUCUACAAUGGAGAGAAUCAUCAAGGAGAGGGAACAUUUACUUUCUAUUCAGAAUAACUUAGAGGUCGAUAGAGAAAGUCUGACAACAGAGAAGGAGAAAACAGAACAACUGCGGUCUGAGCUCAAAGUGUACGAAGAUCACAUCUUAACUAACAGACAAUUACUGGAAAAAGCAAAGUCCAUUCUACGCAAGGCGAACGAGAACAGACUUGAAAACAUGUUCAGGAAAGGACUGAAUUUAGAAACAAAUCAGGAAGGCGUAAAUAACACGACACUUGCCUUGAAGAAGAUGCUUGCCGACCUCGACCAAGAGACAGACCAAAUAACAAGUCGAAACAGACUGUUGCAAAGAGAAAGGAGCCGGCAAGAUGGUCUGCUGGCAAGUAUGGUCAAACAAAGAAAAGAACUUGAGGAGAAGCAAACAGUUGUUGAUGCCGCUGCAGAAAGACUCAUUGAUGAGAGGAAACUGAUACUUUCAAACAAACAUACUAUUGAGGAAGACAGAAGAAGACUUGCCAUCGAGAAACAGCGGAUGGGACAGCAGCAGGCGGAGCUGAAAGUAUGGGAAGAUCACUUCCUCACUAAUAUUCCAUUACUCAAAACCAUCAAGGCCAAUUCCCAGGAGGUCAAUGAGAAGAAACUUGAAAACGUGACCAAAAAAGCACUCAAAUUAGAAUCCAAAAAGGAAGGCAUGCAGAAAAUACCGCUCGCCAUCAAGAACACACUUGUCGACCUUGAUCGGAUGACAGCUCAAGUAGCAGUGAAAAGCAAAUUAUUGCUGAGAGGAAGGAUCCAGUUGAAUCGCCUGCUGUCCAUCAUGGUGAAACAAAAACAAGACAUUUUUGAGAAGAGAGAAGAUGUUGAUUCUGCUGUGGAGAGAAUCAUCAAGGAGAGGGAAAAGUUACUUUCAAUUCAGAAUAAUUUAAAGGUCGAUAGAGAAAGUCUGGCACUUGAGAAGGAGAAAACAGAACAACUGCGGUCUGAGCUCACAGUGUGUGAAGAUCACUUCAUAGCGAAAAUAAAUCCACUAGAGGAAGCCAAGUCCAAUCUACAGAAGGCGAAUGAGAACAGGCUUCAAAACAUAUUCAAGAAAGCACUUCAUUUAGAAUCAAAUAAGGAAGGCCUGGAGAAAAUGACACUCGCUCUGAGGAAGACACUUGCAGACCUUGAUCAAGUGACAGACCAAAUAAGUCGUCAAAACAAACUCUUGCAAAAAGAGAGGGGCCGGCAAGAUGGUCUCCUGCCAAGUAUGGUCAAACAAAGAAAAGAACUUGAGGAGAAGCAAAAAGCGGUCGAUGCCGCGACAGAAAGACUCAUGAAUGAGAGGAAACAGAUACUUUCAAAGAAAAAUGCGACUGAAGAAGAAAGAACAAGACUAGUCAUUGAGAAACACCAGCUGGAAAAACAGCAAGCGGCACUGAAAUUAUGCGAGGAUCACUUGGUAACUAACAUUCCUUUACUCACGGCGAAGGCCAACGUCAAGGAGGUGAUUGAGAGGAAACGUGAAAACAUUGACAAGAAGGCUCUCAAAUUAGAGGGCAACAAGGAAAGCAUGAGAAAAAUGUUGCUUGCCAUCAAGACCACACUUGCAGUCCUUGAUCAGAUGGCAGCCCAAGUCGCAAUCAAAAGCAGACUGCUCCUGAGAAGAACAAUCCAGUCAGGUCGACUGCUGUCAAGCAUGGGAAAACAAAAAGAAGAACUUGAUACGACCGGACAAAAUGUUGAUUUUGCCUCGGACAGAGUCGCCAUUGAGAGGGAAAAUGUACUUUUAUUAGAGGAUAGUAUCGAUGCCGAUGAGAAAAGACUAACAAUUGAGAAGGACAAGAUGGAACAACUGCGGUCUGACUUGAAACGCCGGGAAGACCACUUAAUGACUAAUACACAGUCACUGGAAAUGGUGAAGGCCAAUCUCCAAGGUUUGAAUGAAAAGAGUUUUACAAACUAUGACAAGGCAGUCAUCAAAUUCGACGCAAACAAGCAAGGUGCGCCCAAAAUGACUUUUGCCUUGAAGGACAUGCUGGCAGCCCUUGAUCAGAUGACGGACCAAGUAGCAGUGAAAAGGAAACUGCUGCUGAGCGGAAGGAUCCAGUUGGGUAGUCUGCUGUCAAGGACGCUGAAGCAAAAACAAGAACUUGAGAAGAUCGGCAAAGAUGUUGAUCUUGCUUCGGGCAGAGUCAGCAUUGAGAGGGAAGAAAUACAUUCAAUCGAGAAGACUAAUGAUGUCGAGAGGCAAAGACAAACAACUGAGAAGGACAAGCUGGAUAAAUUGCGGUCUGAGCUCAAAGUUUUGCAAGGUCACGUCACGACUAAAAUACAAUCCACAGAAACCGCAAAGGUCGGUCUACAGCUGGUGACUGAGAGGAAAUUUGACAGCUCUUCCAAAAAUACAUUCAAAUUAGAAGCCAACCAGGAAGUGAUGCAGAAAAUAUCACUUUCCUUGACGAAUACACUUGCGGACUUGGAUCAGAUGAAAGAUCAAGUGUCACUUAGAGACGAAUUGCUGCUGAGACACAGGUACCAGUUGAGUCGUCUGCUGUCGAUCCUGGUGAAACACAAAGAAGAAAUGUUUGAGAAGACAGAAGAAGUUGAUUCUACAAUGGAGAGAAUCAUCAAGGAGAGGGAACAUUUACUUUCUAUUCAGAAUAACUUAGAGGUCGAUAGAGAAAGUCUGACAACAGAGAAGGAGAAAACAGAACAACUGCGGUCUGAGCUCAAAGUGUACGAAGAUCACAUCUUAACUAACAGACAAUUACUGGAAAAAGCAAAGUCCAUUCUACGCAAGGCGAACGAGAACAGACUUGAAAACAUGUUCAGGAAAGGACUGAAUUUAGAAACAAAUCAGGAAGGCGUAAAUAACACGACACUUGCCUUGAAGAAGAUGCUUGCCGACCUCGACCAAGAGACAGACCAAAUAACAAGUCGAAACAGACUGUUGCAAAGAGAAAGGAGCCGGCAAGAUGGUCUGCUGGCAAGUAUGGUCAAACAAAGAAAAGAACUUGAGGAGAAGCAAACAGUUGUUGAUGCCGCUGCAGAAAGACUCAUUGAUGAGAGGAAACUGAUACUUUCAAACAAACAUACUAUUGAGGAAGACAGAAGAAGACUUGCCAUCGAGAAACAGCGGAUGGGACAGCAGCAGGCGGAGCUGAAAGUAUGGGAAGAUCACUUCCUCACUAAUAUUCCAUUACUCAAAACCAUCAAGGCCAAUUCCCAGGAGGUCAAUGAGAAGAAACUUGAAAACGUGACCAAAAAAGCACUCAAAUUAGAAUCCAAAAAGGAAGGCAUGCAGAAAAUACCGCUCGCCAUCAAGAACACACUUGUCGACCUUGAUCGGAUGACAGCUCAAGUAGCAGUGAAAAGCAAAUUAUUGCUGAGAGGAAGGAUCCAGUUGAAUCGCCUGCUGUCCAUCAUGGUGAAACAAAAACAAGACAUUUUUGAGAAGAGAGAAGAUGUUGAUUCUGCUGUGGAGAGAAUCAUCAAGGAGAGGGAAAAGUUACUUUCAAUUCAGAAUAAUUUAAAGGUCGAUAGAGAAAGUCUGGCACUUGAGAAGGAGAAAACAGAACAACUGCGGUCUGAGCUCACAGUGUGUGAAGAUCACUUCAUAGCGAAAAUAAAUCCACUAGAGGAAGCCAAGUCCAAUCUACAGAAGGCGAAUGAGAACAGGCUUCAAAACAUAUUCAAGAAAGCACUUCAUUUAGAAUCAAAUAAGGAAGGCCUGGAGAAAAUGACACUCGCUCUGAGGAAGACACUUGCAGACCUUGAUCAAGUGACAGACCAAAUAAGUCGUCAAAACAAACUCUUGCAAAAAGAGAGGGGCCGGCAAGAUGGUCUCCUGCCAAGUAUGGUCAAACAAAGAAAAGAACUUGAGGAGAAGCAAAAAGCGGUCGAUGCCGCGACAGAAAGACUCAUGAAUGAGAGGAAACAGAUACUUUCAAAGAAAAAUGCGACUGAAGAAGAAAGAACAAGACUAGUCAUUGAGAAACACCAGCUGGAAAAACAGCAAGCGGCACUGAAAUUAUGCGAGGAUCACUUGGUAACUAACAUUCCUUUACUAACGGCGAAGGCCAACGUCAAGGAGGUGAUUGAGAGGAAACGUGAAAACAUUGACAAGAAGGCUCUCAAAUUAGAGGGCAACAAGGAAAGCAUGAGAAAAAUGUUGCUUGCCAUCAAGACCACACUUGCAGUCCUUGAUCAGAUGGCAGCCCAAGUCGCAAUCAAAAGCAGACUGCUCCUGAGAAGAACAAUCCAGUCAGGUCGACUGCUGUCAAGCAUGGGAAAACAAAAAGAAGAACUUGAUACGACCGGACAAAAUGUUGAUUUUGCCUCGGACAGAGUCGCCAUUGAGAGGGAAAAUGUACUUUUAUUAGAGGAUAGUAUCGAUGCCGAUGAGAAAAGACUAACAAUUGAGAAGGACAAGAUGGAACAACUGCGGUCUGACUUGAAACGCCGGGAAGACCACUUAAUGACUAAUACACAGUCACUGGAAAUGGUGAAGGCCAAUCUCCAAGGUUUGAAUGAAAAGAGUUUUACAAACUAUGACAAGGCAGUCAUCAAAUUCGACGCAAACAAGCAAGGUGCGCCCAAAAUGACUUUUGCCUUGAAGGACAUGCUGGCAGCCCUUGAUCAGAUGACGGACCAAGUAGCAGUGAAAAGGAAACUGCUGCUGAGCGGAAGGAUCCAGUUGGGUAGUCUGCUGUCAAGGACGCUGAAGCAAAAACAAGAACUUGAGAAGAUCGGCAAAGAUGUUGAUCUUGCUUCGGGCAGAGUCAGCAUUGAGAGGGAAGAAAUACAUUCAAUCGAGAAGACUAAUGAUGUCGAGAGGCAAAGACAAACAACUGAGAAGGACAAGCUGGAUAAAUUGCGGUCUGAGCUCAAAUUUGACAGCACUUCCAAAAAUACACUCAAAUUAGAAGCCAACCAGGAAGUGAUGCAGAAAAUAUCACUUUCCUUGACGAAUACACUUGCGGACUUGGAUCAGAUGAAAGAUCAAGUGUCACUUAGAGACGAAUUGCUGCUGAGACACAGGUACCAGUUGAGUCGUCUGCUGUCGAUCCUGGUGAAACACAAAGAAGAAAUGUUUGAGAAGACAGAAGAAGUUGAUUCUACAAUGGAGAGAAUCAUCAAGGAGAGGGAACAUUUACUUUCAAUUCAGAAUAACUUAGAGGUCGAUAGAGAAAGUCUGACAACAGAGAAGGAGAAAACAGAACAACUGCGGUCUGAGCUCAAAGUGUACGAAGAUCACAUCUUAACUAACAGACAAUUACUGGAAAAAGCAAAGUCCAUUCUACGCAAGGCGAACGAGAACAGACUUGAAAACAUGUUCAGGAAAGGACUGAAUUUAGAAACAAAUCAGGAAGGCGUAAAUAACACGACACUUGCCUUGAAGAAGAUGCUUGCCGACCUCGACCAAGAGACAGACCAAAUAACAAGUCGAAACAAACUGUUGCAAAGAGAAAGGAGCCGGCAAGAUGGUCUUCUUGCAAGUAUGGUAAAACAAAGAAAAGAACUUGAGGAGAAGCAAAAAGUUGUUGAUGCCACUACAGGAAGACUCAUUGACGUCCAACAGUCAGAGCUCAGAGUUGCUCAAUCUGCCAGGCUCAGUAGAGGAAGAAAUGAUUUUGUUCGAGAAAAAUUAAAACUUUUAAAACAAAAGCUAUGUCAUAAUUUUAAACAGAUUAUAUUUCACUUUGCUCAUCAAAAUAAACUUUGCCUGUAUUUGAGUAAAAUAAUGAAAGACAUGUGUGAUGGACUUGAGCAGAAACUAAUCAUUACUGGUUUUUAUAACCUGCGAGAACGAAAGACCACCCAUUUUGUAGUGAAAAAAUCAAAUAAGGGUAUACAAACUGAGGUUGUUUCUCAAGAAUGGCUGAAUUGGCAAGACUUGAUAAAAAUGAAUGAAAUAAAAAUUAAAGAGCACAGCAAAAAUCCUCUGCAGAAUGAAACAGUGAUGCAAACACAACAAUCGGAAACAAAGUGGGGACUUCAAGAACAUAAAUAUCAUCAUAUAAAAGGUCAAUUUAUGAGUUCAGAAAGAGAAUAUCCUCUAAUUUUAUCCAUCAGUGACAACGCGGGAAGAGAACUGAAACAGGAUCUUUCCACUCUGCCUGAAUCAUUGGAAAAAAUAAGUGUUUCCAUCGUGAGCAAUGCCUCUAAACGAGACUGCCUGCGAAAAAUCUGGAAGGAUACAAACAUGGAAAAGAAGGAGAUUGUUCAAAUGAAAUGCACUGGACAUGAGAUGAAAAAACACUUGGAGAACCGACUAAAGGUGAUUACCAAUUUUGUUGAAACAUAUUGGAUCCACAAGGAAAAGACAUCUGCAGAGAAGAAAACAGAUCAACGAUUGAAUAAAUGCCAAAGUCAUUCAGAGACAAAGCAUAAAACACAGGAUGAAAUUCAUUUUAACCUUCAGAAACUUAAAAUUGAGGCACUGAAUGACUUGUACUCAAACGCAGUGGGACAGAAGAAAAUCAACUCUAGUUGCCAACAAUGUUCAGAGAGAGAGAGAGAGAGAGAGAGAGAGAGAGAGAGAGAGAGAGAGAAGAGAGAAAGAAAAUGAAAUGUAACUCUGUUUCUUCCUAAAAGACACUUAAACAUCACACCAGGGACAAAGGAUUGAACCUGUAACUCAAGUUGUGAGGCAACUCUCCUACCGCCACAGCAACACCCAUUCAAAUACAUUAUAUGUCUCUAAUAAAUGGCUCAUAGUUCCAUCGUCAAGAUUUAAAGGGUUUUUUUUUUUGGUUUUAUUCCGCAUGGUAUACUUACAGUAUAUUUCCUGUAUUGCACCUUUUUGCAAAGUAAGGGUACUCGAGAAUGUUGUGAUUGUCCGUAUCCAGCUUGAAGUGGUUCUUAAUUUUAAUAUCUUUUUUUUUUCUAAAAAUGUCUCAUGUCUUUGGUAAAAUAAGUAUAUGCAAUCUUGAAAAGCAUCCCUUAUUUCCAACUGUAUUAUUUUUAAUUGUAUUUGAUGUUCCUGUAUAAUGUGUUUUUUUUUGUUUGUUUUUCUUUUGCCUGGGCUACUGUCAGAGGGCUGGAGUGUUAUUUCCAUAUAUCUUUAGUGUUGAAAUUCCAUUUAUUGACAAGUUCUGUAUUACUGCUGGGGUCUAAGUUUUGAAAGGGAAAAAAUACAGUACAGCCACAUUAUUUUAUGCUACUUUGUUUGUAGUUCAUAUUCAUUGAUUUUGUUCUGCCAUAUUUGUUUUCCAGCAUGUAAUAAACCUAUGAAAGAGUGACAA